UUUAACAUUUAUUUCAGAUUAAAAAUGAUUGAAAUUUUAUCAAAUUUUUUUCGUUCCGUAAUUGUGCUAACACCCGAAGACCUCCUAUACUCUGUUUAUCUUUGUUUAAAUAAAGUGGCUCCUGAUUUUGAAGGCAUAGAACUUGGUAUUGGAGAUAUGGUAUUGAUGAAAGCAAUUGCUCAAGCUACUGGAAGAACAGUAGAUAAAAUUAAAGCAGAUAUAACAGUUAGAGGUGAUCUUGGGCUUGUGGCAGAAGUAAAGUUAAUAUUGCAACAUCAUCAUCAAAGAAAUUACAGGGAUGUCGUUGAGUCAGAAAUAAAAAUACAAGUAUGCAUAUUUGUAUUCGAUUUAUUAUAUUUAAAUGGUAAAUCUUUGGUAAAGAUGAAUUUAAGAGAACGUAGGGAACUUCUACAUCAGUCUUUCAAAGAAAUUGAAUCAAAGUUUAUGUUUGCUCUUGCGUCUGACAUAUCAUCCACUGAAGACAUUCAAGAAUUUCUGGAUACAUCUGUGAAACAGAGUUGCGAAGGUUUGAUGGUCAAAACUCUGGACGUUGAUGCCAGUUACGAAAUAGCCAAAAGAUCUCAUAAUUGGUUAAAGUUGAAGAAAGAUUAUUUAGAUGGUGUUGGCGACACUUUGGACGUUGUGGUGAUAGGAGGUUAUCGAGGAAAGGGAAAAAGAACCGGCACUUACGGUGGCUUUUUAUUGGCUUGCUACGAUGUUGAAAAUGAAGAAUUUCAGACAGUCUGUAAAAUUGGAACUGGUUUUACAGAAGAAGAAUUAGAAUUGCACAAUACCUUCUUCAAACAACACGUCAUAUCAAAUCCGAAAUCAUAUUAUCGCUAUGACUCCAGUGUUGAGCCGGAUGAAUGGUUUGAACCUGUACAAGUUUGGGAAAUCAAAUGUGCAGAUUUAUCUAAAUCUCCUGUUCAUAAAGCUGCUGUUGGAAUUCUUGAUCCAGAAAAAGGGAUUUCUUUGAGAUUCCCCAGAUUUCUUAGGAUAAGAGAAGACAAAACUCCUGAAGAAGCUACUUCUGCUAAUCAAAUUGUAGAAUUAUAUAAUAAUCAGGAGCAAGUGAAAAAUCAGAAAUCUCAUUCCACCAAUGCAGAUGAUAAUGAAUUCUAUUGAAAAAUCAAAUUCGAAGUAUUUUUGUACAAAUUUUUUAAUAAAAUGUUUUUAAUUGAUUCAUUUUUUUACAAUUUAAUUCAAAUAUUUGAUAGUCCUGUUGAGAAUAUUUUUGUGUGUUUAUAUUCUUCUGUGUGUAAUUAUUGAAUUCCAUUAUCUGUUGUGUUGUUUACAACUGUGUUAAGUAAGAAAAAUGUUGUUAAUAAAAUAUAUUUAUAAAAAA